AAAGCCACGAGAUUCCACCAACGGAGGUGAGGAGGACCGAGUGACAGAAUCCCAGCGGGGGGACUCUGUCCCCCAGAGACGCUUUGUCCUCGUGGUGGUGAGGAGAUUCAUGGUCCCCCCGCCGGCCUGUCCCCUCUGCCUCUGUGUCCUCAGGUUAUUCGAGACCCUCCAGUCUCUCUUCUGGUCCAUAUUCGGGCUGCUCAACCUCUACGUCACCAACGUGAAGGCCCGGCACGAGUUCACCGAGUUCGUGGGGGCGACCAUGUUCGGCACGUACAACGUGAUCUCGCUGGUGGUUCUGCUCAACAUGCUGAUCGCCAUGAUGAACAACUCGUACCAGCUGAUCGCCGACCACGCCGACAUCGAGUGGAAGUUCGCCCGCACCAAGCUGUGGAUGAGCUACUUCGACGAGGGCGGCACGCUGCCGCCUCCGUUCAACAUCAUCCCGAGCCCCAAGUCCAUCCUCUACCUGCUGGUGUGGCUGCACAACAAGCUGUGCAGGGGGGGCACGGCGCCCGGCGAGGAAUCGCACAAGUGCGAAAACCUGCGGGAGUUCACGGAACGCCACGCCGACAGUCUGAUCCAGAACCAGCAUUACCAGGAAGUGAUCCGGAGCCUGGUGAAGCGGUACGUGGCGGCCAUGAUACGCAGCGCCAAGACGGACGAGGGGCUGACGGAGGAGAACUUUAAGGAGCUGAAGCAGGACAUCUCCAGUUUCCGCUACGAGGUCCUGGAUCUCCUCGGCAACCGCCGUCCUCCCCGGCGACACUACUCCUCCUCCAGCGAGGCGGCGAGAGACGACGGCGGCGUGGCCUCGGAGGACGACAGCGAAUCGGGCGACGGCGCCGGGGGCUCGAGGUCAAAGGGCGUGACCUUCAUGAACCCGCUGCAGGACGAGGACAGGCCGUCGCCGACGCUCGGCGUCUCCGCCCUGGUGCGCUCCGUGUCCGGGAUGCCCCAGCAGGAAGGAGGCGAGGAGGGCGAGGAGGAGGAACUGGAGGAGGGCGUCAGGUGGGGGGAAGAGGAGGAGGAAGAGGAGGCGAAACCAAAGAGCAACGGGCUGAGGACGGCCGUCGUCCCUCCGUCAUCCACCCAUGUCCUCCCGUCCCCGUCCUCUUCCUUCUCCACCUCCUUCUCCUCGUCUUUCGCCCGCACCAGGAGCCGACUCCAGCGCCUCUCCAGUCCGGGGUCGAAGACGGACUCUUUCAAGCGUCUUUCCUACCUGUUUUCGCGCUCCAAGCGCCGGGCCCCGCCCAUGCCGCUUCCCCUCCGGUCCCCGCCCUCUUACACCAUCUCCGACGGCCUGCUCCGCCCCCUGGGGGGCCACGGCCACGGCGUGACCCUGAGCGAGACCCGCCUGAACGAGGUGGGCCGCUCGGUGGACGUCGGUCGGCCCUCGUUCUCGCCGCGGAGAGCGAACGGGCGGGACUCCCUGCUGACGCUGCCCCUCCCCCCCCCGUGCCCCUGCCAAUCCCUGCACUGUGCUUCCAACAUGUCCGAGUCGAGCUCGCGCCUCCCGGACUCCAGCGAGGACGUUUUCCAGGGUGGGGGCGUUGGCGGGGCGGGCGUGGACGGAAGAGGCGAGGUGACGAUCGUCGCGUGGGUGCGACCCUGCGACCACGUCUUCCAGGACUCAGUGACCACGCAGCUAUAGGAGGGACGGACGGACAACAGAUUUUCUUUGUUUUGUUUGCAAAAAACAAUAUGGCUGACACAUUCAGGGGAAAAGAGACGGAGAGAGAGACAUUCUGCUAACGGAGCAGAUUCCAGAGAUGAUCCUGAAAUGGCAGAUGUUCAUAAAAAUAGUUUGACAUCAUAACUGGGUCGGAAUAUGACGGGUGACACGUUAUUGUUUAAUCUCGCUAGAUAGCUAAGGGAGCUACCAAGCUAACAUGCUACUGAGUGGGCUAACUAGUUAGAUAGCAAAGGCAGCUACUAAGCUAACUUGCUACUGAGUGGGCUAACUAGCUAGAUAGCUAAGGCAGCUACCAAGCUAACUUGCUACUGAGUGGGCUAACUAGUUAGAUAGCAAAGGGAGCUACUAAGCUAACUUGCUGCUGAGUGGGCUAACUAGCUAGAUAGCAAAGGGAGCUACCAAGCUAACUUGCUACUGAGUAGGCUAACUAGUUAGAUAGCAAAGGGAGCUACUAAGCUAACUUGCUACUGAGUGGGCUAACUAGUUAGAUAGCAAAGGGAGCUACUAAGCUAACUUGCUGCUGAGUGGGCUAACUAGCUAGAUAGCAAAGGGAGCUACCAAGCUAACUUGCUACUGAGUAGGCUAACUAGUUAGAUAGCAAAGGGAGCUACUAAGCUAACUUGCUGCUGAGUGGGCUAACUAGUUAGAUAGCAAAGGGAGCUACCAAGCUAACCUGCUACUGAGUAGGCUAACUAGUUAGAUAGCAAAGGGAGCUACUAAGCUAACUUGCUACUGAGUGGGCUAACUAGUUAGAUAGCAAAGGGAGCUACUAAGCUAACUUGCUACUGAGUAGGCUAACUAGUUAGAUAGCAAAGGGAGCUACUAAGCUAACUUGCUGCUGAGUGGGCUAACUAGUUAGAUAGCAAAGGGAGCUACCAAGCUAACCUGCUACUGAGUAGGCUAACUAGUUAGAUAGCAAAGGGAGCUACUAAGCUAACUUGCUACUGAGUGGGCUAACUAGUUAGAUAGCAAAGGGAGCUACCAAGCUAACCUGCUACCCGUGUGGGCUAACUAGCUACAUAGCAAAGGGAGUAACUAAAUUAAUAAGCCGUUAACAUACAACAUUUUUUUUGCAGCGCCAAAUCCACCGUUGGUGAUGAUGACGGCUGCAACACUAUUUUAGAAAUGGUUUGUGUCGGGAGGCCGUGUGUGAGUAACAAUCAGAGCUGGCAGAUGAAAGAGAAGUUAAUCAUUUUAAUGCAGGACUUGCCCGAACAUCCCCUACCGUCCCACUGAAUACAUCCCACGUCACUUUACUGUUGCUGUUUCCCAAUUCUUUCCCAUCGCCCACGUAUAGAAAAUGGCCUUUUCUCAUCACGCUAAGAUUCAUUGUUUCAUUUAAAUUGACAGCGGUCGUGAAUUUUGCCUUCUUCAUCACAAACUGUCUUUAUCAACGUCUGCCCCUUUUCCACGACACAAGAGGACGAUGGAGGUUUAAAGGGACAGUACGCGUUUUCUUUUCUUCUGUGUUUUUUUGGGAAGGAUCUCAGGCGCAUUAUUAUCACCCCGGAAUCACAAGUAGCCAAAGCAACUAUAUAUCAUUUAUUAUAAAUAUUCCAACACAGGAUUUUUUCUUCUUCUUCUUCUCACCUUUUAACCACGUGGAAUAAACACGGAAUUAAAUCCUCUGGAAUUUGAAUGGAAAACCAAACCCUGAAGUUUUCUCAGCCAAAUGAAGCACAUCCAAAGUGACCGGGGGCCAAAUGGAAUAAGCUCAUCUUUAACUUUGGCUUUCGACGGAUUUCAUCCAAGUCGCCGGGUUGGAAAGGGAACGUGGAACCAUCGCUCUGCAGGCGAUAGCCUGAACCCUCUCUCUCUCUCAGCAACAACAAGGGCCAAGGAACUUUAUUUUAUCCUCAUUAUACUAGUAAUAAUAAUAACAAGGGACUUCUAAUAGAAACAAGGACUAUUUUGGUUUCUUAAGACUGUCUUUGCUUACAUUUGAGUUGCCUACGGAAUCCCGGCUUCUCGUUCAGCUCUUCCUAAUAACUACGUCAACCUGGUGAACAGAAGUGUAGGGCGCUGUGGAUUGGGGGGGGGGGCAGGCUGACGGGUGUGUGAAUGGCUGGAGGUCAGCGGGGGGGCAGAGACUAAAGGCGAGUUUGCUUUUCUAUCUGGGAAAUCUAUUUUAAAGGGAAAUUUCACCAGGAUUUCAUCAUGAAUCUCAUUUUAUUUUCUUCUUCUUCAUUUUCUUGAAGUCGCUCGGUGCGGCGUCUUCAAAAGAAAAGGACAACGGUUGGCAUGAGCCCAGGCUGUCGAGUAAUACUCAAUAUACGACCGUCAGAGGCCAACUAGAGACAUUAUGCAUGUUUGAUCAAAACUACAUUUAAAAAUAAAACAUGCCUACCUGCAACACACACACACACACACAUGAGAAUUCUCCGCUGCUGGUGUGAUGAGUCGCUCCCGGCUGAAUGAAGGAUGAAAUCAGCCAUCUUUCCUUCAGUGUCGUCUUGAUUGUUUGAUCUCUUUACCUCUCAGCUGACUCACAAAAGACACACACACACACAAAGACGCACACACACACACACACACACACACUUGCGGCCGACGCCAUGACCUCAUCUGCUGUCUUGGCGGCGGUGGCAGAGAGCCUCAACCCUCAUCACCACAUCCCUGAAAUGUCACGCCGUAACCGUGGCAACAGUCCCGCCAAACAUCCUGCGAUCAUGAUGUCACGUUCAGGGCCGCGCAGUUGGACACGAGUUGUCACAAAGACAAAAAGUGUUUUUUCCACAUCCGAGCUAAGAGGGUUAGUGGUGUUUCCCAAUACAUAAAAUGAUCUUUAUUUGCCUUUUAGCCAGAAAUGUUUUACCUCACCGACUGAAAGCAGGAGACGAGGUGUUUGGGAUUUGUUUUUUAAUUUCUUCAUCUUCAUGUCGUGGUUCCCAACUUCUAACUGAUAAAAGAGUUUCUCUGAUGUUCCCUGAUGUUAAAACCUCGUAACGAGACUCACGUUUCAGCGCCACUUCAACGUUUGUCAGGCGGCGACAGAGCGUCACAGACUGCAGGUACACCAGAGAGCCGGGGAGUAAUCUGGAUUCUCUUAGUUACCACGGCAACCGGCCUGCACGUCACCCCCUGUGUGACCAGGGCCGAGGCGAUAAUCAAUCACUCUGAUCAAAUAAUCAGCAAUUAUUGAUUGAGCCAUAAUACAUAAUUCAACGCUGUUGAAAGGGUUAUACGCUAGAUGUGUGUGUGUCUGUGUCCAUGUGUGUGUGUGUGUGUGUGUGUGAGAGAGCCACACAGUCUAAAGAGGAACUAUGCAAUAAAGAAAUAAAUUGAGCAUCAUUGAAGACGAUGUCUUCUGAAGGGACAGAUGGGACCACACAGACACACACACACACGAGGGGUGGGAGGGUUGUUGCAUCACAUGACGUAGAACCCUUUAGAACAGACCUGCAGACACACUCAACGUAAAUUCAUUUUUAUUUUAAAAUCUUGAGAUACAAAUAUUUUGGGGAUAAAUAACAAUAUUCAUCAUUACAAAGAUUGCUUCAUGCUUUACUUUGGUUACUUUACUGUUAAAAAAACAAUGUUUACAAAUUAUUAAUUAUAAUUGUAAAACUAUAUAUUUUUUUUAAGUCUUCAGUUUGUCAUUUUGUUCGUUGCCAUCUUGUUUUUUGUGAAAAAGAGAAGUUUAUCUGUGAGUGAAUUCACAAUCUAGCACUAAAACUUGCUAUAGACACCUGUCAAUCACAGUAAACCCCGCCCUAAUCCAUCCCCUGCUUCAUGGUCUAUUAGACACCUGGCAAUCAUUUGUAGCCCCGCCCCAAACGCCCC